GUUCACCUUCCCGCGUCGAGUUUAUCAGAGAUAAGACAAUCAGUAUAAAAACCGAGGUGUGAAAUGUGGAGUUCGAGUUUAGCAAAAUGCAGCGAGUUGCUAUGAGCGUCUCUAUCGGCCUCUUCUUGGCCAUCCUCCUCAACGUCCUCGCCCCGCAGCCGGCGUUGGCAGUCUCCUGUGGACACAACAAGAGUCACAACGCUUUCUUCGGUACAAGACUUCCUCACCAGGACCAGCUAUUAUACAUGGAACAUCCUAGGGUGAGUGGGAAAUGGUUCAGAGAGGUCUCUUAUCCGAUAUCUUAUCCGAAUCCAGGCGACGUCCGAGGGUUGAUCAGUUACAUCGAGGUAUUAGAUCAGUUCACCGACGGUACAGGCGGCUGCGCUUUGAUCAAAUCAGGCGGAAUUAGAAGCAAUGAAGUCUCUCUAGAACUCGUGUCCCAGAGAGGCAAAGGACUCGACUUCGUAAUCAGGAUUUUCGGUAAUCAAUGACUAAGAUAUCAAAUUGCUUUUUAGUUAAUAUAAAUAUUAAAGAAUUUUACCGAAGAUACUUUCCUUUAACUAUCUCUAAAUAUUUGUAUAUGAGCCAAAUAUACAAUACCUUGACAGCACAUGAUCUUCAGUCCGUGCUUUGUGUCGUUUAAAUGAAUUUCAUAAUAAAUACUAUGUACACAAGAAAA